UUAAGAGGGCAGGGCUAAAUACCUGGAAUUCCGUUUCCGUUCCAGGGAUUUUUUCCAGAAAUCCUACAGGAGUGGGAAAAAGAGAAAUUAAAUACCGUUUUUUAAAUUUAUUUCUAAGUUAGUUUUCUUAUUAGUUGUUUUUAUGAGACACUGUUAAACGAUGGCGUCCUCUCCGCAGAAGUCCCCGACCUCUCCCACUCCGCUGUCUCCGAGCUUCAGGAAGAAAGAUGAGACUUUUCUCGGGAAACUCGGAGGAACUUUGGUCAGAAGGAAAAAGGCGAAAGAAGUGUCGGAGCUGCAGGAGGAAGGCAUGAACGCCAUAAACCUGCCCCUGAGUCCCACACCGUAUGAACUGCAUCCCGAAGACACCAUGCUGGAGGAGAACGAGGUUCGCACCAUGGUGGACCCCAACUCCAGGAACAACAGCAAGCUACAGGAGCUGACGAAGGUGCUCAUCGACUGGAUCAAUGACGUGCUGGUCAAUGAUAGGAUCAUUGUUAAGGACCUGGCAGAGGAUCUGUAUGAUGGACAAGUUCUGCAGAAGCUCUUUGAGAAGCUGGAGGGAGAGAAGCUGAACGUGGCGGAGGUCACGCAGUCGGAGAUCGCUCAGAAGCAGAAACUCCAGACGGUCCUCGAGCGCAUCAACGAGGUUCUCAAAGUUUCCCCCAGGAACACCAAGUGGAACGUGGACUCUGUUCAUGCCAAGAGCAUGGUGGCCAUCCUGCACCUCCUGGUGGCGCUGUCUCAGCACUUCAGAGCCCCCAUCCGCCUCCCGGACCACGUCUCCAUCCAGGUGGUGGUGGUUCAGAAACGGGAGGGAAUCCUGCAGUCUCGUCAGGUUCAAGAGGAAAUCACAGGCAACACUGAGGCUUUAUCCGGCAGACACGAGCGUGACGCCUUCGACACCCUGUUCGAUCACGCACCUGACAAGCUGAACGUGGUGAAGAAGACGCUCAUCACCUUCGUCAACAAACACCUGAACAAGCUGAACCUGGAGGUGGCUGAGCUGGACACACAGUUUGCAGACGGAGUGUACCUUGUGCUUCUGAUGGGACUCCUGGAAGGAUACUUCGUACAGCUCUACAAUUUCUUCCUCACCCCCGAAAACUUUGAGCAAAAGGUCCAUAACGUGUCCUUCGCCUUCGAGUUGAUGCAGGACGGUGGACUGGAGAGACCCAAACCCAGGGCAGAGGACAUCGUGAACUGUGACCUGAAGUCCACUCUGCGUGUUCUGUACAACCUCUUCACCCGUUACAGACACGUGGAGUAACGACACACUGAUGGACCUUUCAGUCUGCGGUCCAGUUUGGGAGAAUCGGCACUACAGGGAUUUAUAAUGGCGACGUUGUGUUUGAGUGUGUGUGUGUGUGUGUCUGUGUGUGUGUGAGAGACAGACAGAGAGAAAGAGGUUGUGUGUGUGUGUGUGAGAGAGAGAGAGAGAGAGAGAGUGUGUGUGAGAGAGUCUCUGUGUGUGUGUGUGUGUGUGUGU